AUGAACCUGCCGGCGUUUAUGCGAGAGCUGUUCUACAGUGAGCUGGACUAUCACUUUUACGUUUCACAAAAUCCUUUUUGGUUUGAUGUAUACCGCGAACUUUACAAGAGCUAUUUUCCGUUUGAACGGAAAAAAGAAGACUGCUCACCUUGUUCAUGCGUCUCGUUGAUCGACAACCAGACGGCGGCGCGCAACUAUAAAAGCUUAUGGUCAGAGAUGGUGGCAUGCGACAUUUUGUCAUCGGUGAAUUUCAAAGAUGAGAAAAGCGUGAAGAUGUUUUGUGAAAAGUUUAAAGAGCUGUACUUAGCGAACGAUGGCUCUAACAGCCAGUUGGAAAUUUUCACAAAAUUUACGGGACGAAGCUUUCCGAAAGUUGGACCUCUGAUCGAAUCUUGGAUGCUCGACCCUCAGUCGUCAAAUUAG